GCCCCGUAAGAGGCGAUCGGGUGGAGGUGCGGUCGGGGUCGCAGGUGAGCGGUUCUGCCCUGGAUGAGCCGGUAGCGCCGCGGACGGGAUGACGUAAGCGAACUGCUGUACCUCUUUGCAGCCAGUGAGAAGUGACUGUCCGCGAGGACUUAAGGAAGACGGCCAUUCUCUGGGUCAGGGCUUGCAAGAGCUGCGAAUCUUUGGAGGUUGCAACCACUGAAUUGCCUUCUGCAAAGAUAGGGAACACAACCAGUAUGAAAAGGAGAGUGCUGGACACCUGGAAUGGCAUCUUUGCACGUUUUAGGAAGCAGUUCUCUAUCCGCAGCACCAAGAGAAUUGUCCAGCCUGCCCGUGCUACUAGAUGAACGGAAGACUGAUUUAGACAAAGCGCCUCGAAGGGACUGCCCUUGAUUUUUGUACUUUGUAGACUUUGUCAGCUUUUCACACCUUCUCUGACCGUGAAAACUCUACACUUAAGCAAGGAAAAUGAAGCAGUUGAAAAGGAAGAGAAAAAGCAACUUCAGUGUUCAAGAAACUCAGACCCUUUUGAAAGAAAUUACCAAACGCAAAGAAGUCAUUUUUUCCAAGCAGCUCAACACGACGAUUAAUGUGAUGAAGCGGAUGGCGUGGGAGGAGAUCGCACAGUGUGUGAACGCCGUGGGGGAAGGCGAGCAGAGGACAGGGACGGAGGUGAAAAGAAGGUACCUGGACUGGCGGGCGCUUAUGAAGAGAAAGAGGAUGAAGGCCAACAUUAAGCUGGUUGGCUCAGGGUUCCCCCUCCCCACCUCCGAUCUAGACGACUCUCUCACCGAAGAGAUGGACGACAAGAUUGCAUUCCGCAACGAUCCCAACUUUGACUGGCAGAACGUGGCAGAUUUCAGGGAUGCAGGUGGAUCCUUAACUGAGGUCAAAGUGGAAGAGGAGGAAAGAGACCCCCAGAGUCCCGAAUUUGAGAUCGAGGAGGAGGAGGAGAUGCUGUCGGCCGUCAUCCCGGACUCCAGGAGGGAGAGCGAACUCCCCGACUUCCCCCACAUCGAGGAGUUCUUCACCCUGAACUCCACGCCGUCCCGUUCCGCCUACGACGAGCCCCACGUGCUGGUCAACCUGGAGAAGCAGAAGCUGGAGCUGGAACAGCGGCGCCUGGACCUGGAGGCCGAGCGGCUGCGGCUGGAGCGGGAGCGGCUGCGGCUGGAGCGGGAGCGGCUGCAGCUGGAGCGGGAGCGGCUGAGGCUGCAGGUGGUCAGCUCCGAGAAGCCGCCCUCCUCCGACGGUGAGCUGGGCCAGGGCGAGAAGCCGGGGCCGCAGCCCCAGGACCUGGAAACGGAGAGGCUGAAACUCGAGAGGGAGCGCCUACAGCUUGAGAAGGAGCGGCUGCAGUUUCUGAAAUUUGAGUCGGAGAAGCUGCAGAUUGAGAAGGAGCGCCUACAGGUGGAGAAGGAGAGGCUUCGGAUCCAGAAGGAGGGCCACUUGCACUGACCGAGCUGGCUCCCCGCGUGGCACACGUCUGUGAACUGGAGCUUUCCCUCUGUGUCGGGCCACAGAACACUGGUGGAAGACGAACUGUGUUUUUCCCUGUGGCACGUCGGUGUUUGUGGGAGGACAGAGGUGGGUCCGUGUGGGGACCGUGGGUUCCGGCAGUGCGUCCGGCACACACGGCAGGGCAGGGGCCCACAUGCUGCCGUCUCCACUGAGGAAAAUCCCACGGUGUCCUGUGUGAUCUGUGCACGCAGAGUCUCAGUCAUGUCUGUGAAGUUCCAGCUCCCUGCUUCCCCCUGGGGAGGAUCUUGACACACACACACCCCCCACCUCCCCACCUCGGAGACGUUUGGCUGGGGUGUCGGGGCCAGAGCGCCCACCUCCUCCUGCUGUGCCCAGGACGGCCCCCCAGAAAGGACUUCUCCAACACAAAACGUCCGUGUUGCCGAGGCUGACGGCCCCUCGCCACGCCUGACUCUGCACCUCUCUGGCUUUGGUUGUAGUUCCAGAAUGUUAGAACCGCAGAUGCUUACGUGGGUAGUUACUUACAUGGCCAAAAACUUUCACUGUGUAGCGUGAUUGUGUAGUAUAGUGAACAUAGGCAGCGAUGAGGAUGGCAAGUGCUUUAUUCUUGUUUCCAUCUAUAGAUGUUUCCAUCUAUAACCAGAGACUCCCAUCACUAUAAGGGAACAUCAGAGAGUGGCUGAACGGGUCACUCUGAAAAGCCCUUCAUUCAUCUGGGUGUUGAUGUUUUAGAAGCGACAUGGUUUAAGCUUAGUUGCCGUUUUCCUUUGAAUUUGUGGUCUUAGUUGAGAUAGAAAAAUCGUCUUUUCAACCAUGUACUGAAACUUUAAUGUAAGUGAACGGGUGAAGCUAGUAAACGCAGUACCGACAUAUCCUAAUGGUACUAGUAGUCCAUGGGCUUGCAAUCAACGAGGGUUCUAUCUUGAGUACUGGCAGCUAUGGGGGAGCGGGGUGGGGGGAGAGUGUGGUCUGUAUAGGCUGGUGGCGGUGAUGACAGUAGUAGCUGUGUGGGAAUGAACUAGGGAAGCCCUUAGCACACACUGUCUGACCUGACCUGUACCAUCCUGGAGAGUAUUCAUGACCGUCCCUGAAUCAGAGGCUCAGAGAAGGAACAGGGAGCAAGAGUCUGGUCUCAUACCGUGGUGUGUUUUGUCUGCGCCCCUCCUGGAGGAGCAACGUUGCUAUCUCUUGUGAGACCAAGGCCUGGCGCAACGUGACUUGCCUUUAGUCCGCUGAAGGUUCUUUUCCUACCAGGUGGCUGAUUCUAACGCACACCAACGCUGAGAAUCACUGCACGAGACCACUUUGUAUUUUCUGAAUUCCAGGCUGAUACUGUAGCUUUAAUACAUGUCUUCUGUUGCCAGGUCCUGUCUUGAUUCUGUGUUUGUUCCCUGUUAAUUUAAGAAUGUCUUAAAACCGUAUGUGAUGUUGGAGUAUGGACAUAGAAGGAAAAAAUAUACUUCUGUUUCGUUACCUUGACUUCAAAAUAGUGUUAUUUUUCUAUAGCCGGAAUAAAUGCUUCUACCGUAGAAAUAAAAUUUGCCUAUGCCAA